AUGUACGAAGGGAUUGACAAUCUGAAAUCCCUUUACUACCGUGCCGGGAAGACUUUCUCCGGCGGUCCUUCUGCAGCACAGGAUGUGCCGCGUCGUACUGCUCAACCAGGCCCAGUACGUCAACCAUCAGUUGGGAGCGGGGCUCCCAAGUAUCCCAGGACGGGGGAUAGCCGCGCCACCGGACGAGAUAACUCGUCCGACGUCCGUUCACAUCGCGGUAGCUCAACAGCUGCUCAAAUAUAUAGCGCUGGCCACCGCGAGAGUCAUCUAAUGGAGGUGAAGGAGGAGGGAAAACGCUCUCCAAACUAUCGUGGGGAAGCGUGUAUCCCCAAGAGCCUCUUUGAUCGCGUAACGCAAGCGUUACGCGGCGAUCUCGAACAUGAGCGGGACAGGCGUCUCCAACUGGCGGACACUGUCUUGAAGCAUCAAGCUGAGUUUGCCUUUGCGUAG